AUGGUUCGGUUGGCAAAAAAGACUCAGAAGGCCAAGGGAAGUGGUGCUCUUCCGAAACAAUGGGGAGAAGACAAGAAAGAACCCCAGGAAAAGGAAAAGCCUGAUGAACACAAACUAGAACAAAAAUCGAAGGCUAAUGAUCAGAAGGCACAAGAAGUAGAGGCUAAGAUUGCAAAGAUUACUCUAGAAACUCAUAAUUCACUCUUUCGUCCAUGGUUGAUUAAGAGAAUUCAAAGAGAAGCCAUUGAUGAUUUGAGCGUCUAUUGGCUUGAACCUAUGGUAUCUUUUGACCUGAAUAAAGAAGCAUAUUAUCAAUUUGAUUUUCCAAUUAUUCCUAGGGCUUUUAUGUUUAUGUGCUUUGAGAAGAUUGAAAAGGCUCUGACUUAUGUUUCAGAGCUUUUCUACUUGAAGUAUACCAAGCCUCAGUAUCAAACUUGGAGGUUGAAGAGGAUUAUGGGGUUGAAGGUUUCCCAGACCUACUGA